AGCAGACGACAAUAAAUGCUUUUCAAUUAAUCCGUCAACAGGACAAUGGAAGACUGAGAGAUGCGAUGUGAAAUUAAGCUUUAUAUGCGAAGUAAAUUUAGGACUUUGUGAUUUUGACCGAUACUAUCCAAGAACCGGUUGUAGUGGAUCUUUGAAACAAACGGGAGAGUACAGCCUUUACGAUUGUUUAAAUGCCUGUCGUAAUAUUCCAAUUCAAUCUGAAGGUGAGGAAUGCUGGGGUGUCGGGUUCUACCAGGGAUUUACCGGGGACGACUGUUGGAUGUUUCUUUCUGUUGAUCCAGAGGCAUGCUCCAAAUCCAGCUUUUCAAAUAACGACAUUGAUAUGUACCUUAAGACAUGUUUUACACAUGAAGUAAAUAAUACGAUUCUGGUCGAUAAUUCGGUAGCCCUAAUUCCUGAUACCUCCUGUAUGGUCAAUAUACCAUUGAUAUCGUCCACUCCAGGGGAUUUCACCAUGCAGAGUACAAAUUCAGUUCCUAUUACGAUGACAACAACCAACAAUCCAGAUGUUUGUACUUGCCCAUGCAGAGCAAAUUCUACGAAAUCAAUAGAACAACAACUGAUGGACAUUAAAAAAGAAUUAACCAUUAAUAAAAAGAAAACCUCAGCUUAUCUAAGAACUCUGUCUUGUGCGGAUGAUUAUCGCCCCAGUUCUAAGGUGAUUGGUUAUGCAGGUAUAAUAUUCAUCGUGUUGGAAAUAUCAUUGUUUGUAUUUCUAGAUAGUCCAAACUUAAUGAAAUUGUUUAAAUUCAUUUACAAGAAAAGGUGAAGGACAGUGAAGAUGUAGACACUAUUUUAUAAAAUUUAGAUAUUGCACAUUUUUGUGUCAGAUACAGUGACUUGUUUUA